AGUAGCGCGUGACCAUUUGACGAGGUAAGACUCCACGAGUUGUUAAGGUGAAGUUUGCAUCUCACCUUAUAUUCAAUGGCUGUUAUUCUAGGUAAGCUUUUGAUAACCAUUGUAGGUAACGUGUUAUAACUAUAUGGUUGCAUUAGAGUGAAGUAAAUGGGUUCAGCUGGUUUAUUUAUCGUGUGUCUAGGCGGCAGUCCGUGAACGCCAAAUCCCUCCAGUUCGGGUCUUUGUGUGUUGAUGUCGAUAGUGCUCAGUUUAUUACAUAUACGGAAAGGACCCAUUUUAGUGUAGAGAGACUGAUAAGUUGGUUCUGUACUUUUUUAAUCUAAACUUGGCGCAAGUUCACUUAUGCAGCGAUUAUAUGGUACUACGAUGAUAUGUGUUUGUCAUGAUAGUUUCCUUGUUGACCAUCUGGUAGUCAGUAGUACUAGUAGGUAAUUUUGUAAGGAGGUAAUAACACGUACUCGGCUUAUUACUGAAAUUGACUGCACCAUAUAUGAUACUAGUGAUCAUGUCACGAUUUUCUCAUACACCAGGUUAUUAUUGUUUCGAUAGCUUAUUCACAUGUUCUUCACUUUUCAGUGUCAAUUGGAGUGGUAUCGACUAACCUUAUCAACUACAAUCGUUCCAUAUGGUUAAUCAUACUAGGUUUGUGGAGGCAGGGCGCUUAGUAUUCAUUGCUUCUGGGCCUUAUGCAAAGAAGGUUGCAGUCAUAGUAGAAAUAAUCGACCAAAGACGAGUUCUGAUUGAUGGUCCAUGUUCUGGUGUCCCAAGACAAGCUAUGAAUUUGAACAGACUUCAUUUGACAAAGCUAAAAUACAAAAUUCCUCAUGGUUGUGGUACCAACGCAGUUCAGAAGCUAUGGUUAAAAUAUGAUAUAACAAAAGAUUGGGAGAAUACUGUAUGGGCGAAAAAACUGCACCGCAAAUCUCUGCGAGCGUCUAUGUCAGAUUUUGACCGAUUCAAAGUCAUGGUUGCUCGUCAACAGCGGAACAGCAUUUUGAAACAAUUCAAGAUGAAGAAGCCCGAAGGAAAAGUCUCGAAACCUGCAAAGGCUGUUAAGAAAUAA